AUGGCUACGCUAACCCAGAAGUACGAAAUCGGACCGCUAUCAUGCAAACGCUUCAAAAAGAAACAGUGGGACACGAACCCGCACGUAUUGAGACACAUCACGACAAAUAGCAAAGCAUUCCUGAGUUCAGGGUGCCAAACAUAUGAUGCGGAGUUUGACGUAGAAUUUGAAUUGGAGUUAGAAGUGGAGUUAGAAGUGGAGUUAGGUGAAUCACUUAGCAGAUCACUAGGACAAGUCGGAUUUGUGGGAACACUUAAUGGCACAUAUUCUGUAUGUGAUGCGCCAACCUCGUUACAUUGA